AUGAGCAUUGGUGGCAUCUCUGCUAAAUUCAGCAUGAGGAGAAGUAGACGUUUAGCAGCGAAAAAAUCGUCCAAAUUUUCGGAAACCGAAGGUAGUAGCCAAGAAGAAGCUUCAGAUUUAAAGAAUGACAACGAGAAAACUUUCUUCACGAAAGGUCACGAUUUCGUUAUUGAUAAAACUCCAUCACAACUUGUUACUGGUACUAUAGACGACCACGUGCAUGUAAAGAACAUCACUCAAAGUCGCGUUAGUGUAAACAAUGCUGCUGCUGAUGAUGAGCUUUCCAGUAAUGACAGCGAUGAUGAAGAAGAUGGAAAUGAUGAAGAUGUCAACAAUCUUUUGAAUUUAAGAAUAACGAGUUCACAAAAAGAUGAAGGAAAAGUAGAGGACUUUAUUAGCCUUUCAGAUGAUAAAUCCAAAACAAGAGAAGAAAAAAAGAUUAAGGAAAGGAAAGGAAAGAAAGAAAAAGAGUAAGUUUUCAGACUUUCAGAAAAAAUAACGACAAAGUAUGGUGAACCUUUAUUCACCUCUCUUAGAAUGAGUAUUACAUUACGCUUAAAAAAGAGGAGCAAAAUCAAUGGCUGCUUUUAUGCUAGAGGCAUGUAAGUUGUCAAGAAGCAUUUAAUGUCUGGGAUGUUGAAGUUGAUUGAUGUGAAAUUGGGACGCAUAAAAGUGGAUGACAACAGUGCAAAAAAAAAGAAAAACAGAUUAUUCUCAAAAAAGACAAAACACUGACUCUUCCCAGUUAUUUCUGGAGGAAUUGGGCAUAAGUGAGUCCCAGUUUACGGUAUCCCCUUUUUUUACUAGAUGCAUGUUAAAGUCAUCUGUUGAGUGCAUCUGAACAAUGCACUUAAAAGGAGACUUUAAAGUCGUCAGACAUUAAAUGUCUCUGUCGUAUUUAUCAUCUUUAUACUAGACGAUGACUUUAACGUCUCAGUCGACUAAAAUGUCUCUAGCUUAAAAACAGCCAAUGGGUCUGUUUAUCCGAGAGUUAAAGUGCCCCUAACCCCUCAAUUUGUUUUCUUUUGGUAGAUUUCCAUAUCUUUCAAGAACUCAUUUUCGAAAAAAAUUUUCAGAAAUAUUGAAUCCUUCUUUUUUUACAAGCACUAAAAGUGAAGGCAGUCUUGUUGAUAUUUUCACCUAUCGUUUGCAUUAGUCCCUCACUCGGCCAAAUGUGUCCAAAUAUGGAGUGUGACGUAAGAAAAGGACAUUGUGCAAAAAUAUGCGAAGAUUUGCGGUAAUGCUUUAUUGUUAAACAGAGAAAAUGGUUGAAAAAUGUGUGGUUUUGGGAUGCAGCAACUCUCGAAAUAAAGAGAAAGGAAUCAACUUGCAUAAGAUUCUUUCUGAUCUUCGAUUGCACUAUACUUUCAAUGCUUCGUGCUUUGGAAUGGUGUCCUUUUCUUACGUCACAGCUAUGAAAGUGUCAAAUAUCAGACGGUUCUCACUGGCUCAUUCCUCAUGAGCCCACAAGACAAAAAUUUGUCCAAUGGGGCUUAAAGCGUGCAAAAAUUUAAAAAUUUUAGUAACUUUUAGCACUCGUAAGAAAAAAGGAUUUCUGAAAAAUUCUUUCGAAAAUGAGUUCUUGGAAGAUAUGGAAAUCUACGAAAAGAAAACAAAUUGAAGGGUUAGGGGCACUUUAAACGAUGGACGAUUAUCCAUAUACAUUAAAUUAUCUGUGUCAGUGAACUCUUCUGGUACAAAAACAUGACAGUGAAACCCACUGGUAAUUUGCCUUGUCAUUUUUCUAUGUGUUAUAAAUCCGAGCAAACUGAUGGAUUAUCCAUCCUGAAUAAUAAUAAUAAUAAUAAUGAUAAUGAUAAUGAUAAUAGUAAUAGUAAUGAUAAUGAUAAUGAUAAUGAUAAUGAUAAUGAUAAUGAUAAUGAUAAUGAUAAUGAUAAUGAUAAUGAUAAUGAUAAUGAUAAUGAUAAUGAUAAUGAUAAUGAUAAUAAUAAUAAUAACAGUAAUUAUAAUAACUAUCCUCUUGGGAUUAUGCAUAAGGACAAACUAAACAUAUUGUUUAUUCAGACAGAUAGCAGAUAGUGUCUGUCGGCCCCCUCCAUUUUUCUAAUGGAUUGCUGCUAUACAGUGACUCAAAUUUUCUGACUUUGUUAACAACCUGCUCGGUUAUUUGAGACAGAAAUUUCCACCUUUUUUGGCAUAUCCUGCAACAUCUUUUUCAAUUGUCAUUGAUUUAGACAACUAUCAACAUCCACACCAUUAUUAGAAGCAUUCAAAACCUGUACUAGGGUUCACUCUCUGGAGUCUCACUAGAAAAUAAGUGAUACGAGACUUACUGAUGCUUGUUUUUGUUUAAUUUGGUGGCCAGUUAAUUUACUUAGGAUCCUUUUUAAGAUGGAUUUCAUGGUAUACUGAUGCAUUGGUAGCUAAGUAUAUUAUUGCAACCCAGAUCUCAUUGUUUGAUGAUUGUUUUUUCAAGUACACAUCACCCGAAAUUUGAUAAAAUUUUGAUGAAUUCUACAUGCUUUCGACUUUGAAACAGGGUAAUAUCGGAUUGAAUCAGAUAAAACUAAUGGACUCCGUGCUUGGUUAAAGGAUGACGAAAUUUGCCCAUUUGAACAGUCGAGUGAAAUGAUGACAUAUUUUGAGGCAUUGUCCUCAGCUGUGCUUCACUCUGUUGUAGCUUCUGUCUUAAUUCGUCUUCAACAGCUGUCAUCCUAUUGUACUCUUGGAUAAUCUGUUGACUGGCCAAAGGCUCAUAAGGCCUAGUUGGGUAGUUGGGUCAUUUUUAUUAUUGAUCAUAAUCACAUUUUCAAUACUACGAAAAAAAAUAGGGUCAUAAUUUGCGACUUCUUCGUGGAAAUUUUGUUGGAUAUUAGUUACAAACCUGAGAAUAAGAUUCCAUUCUGAGUUGUCAGAAUCGACGCUUGACAGGCUUUUCUUGUGAGACAUCUUACUUAGAUGAGAAGAUGGUGGUUCAACUUAGACUAAGCAAAACAGCAGCAAUGAGAAUGACAAAAAAAAUGAUGGCUGGUUUGGAUUAGGAAAAUAAUAGUUAUGCGUGUGCAUCCAGCAUUUUUGUAUAUUUCCUUGUCGUUGUGGCACAACCAGGAUAUGAAACUUCCAAUUUCACCUUUUGUGGAGGACAUAAACACAAGACUUGAAAUGAUUUUCUCAAUCUAGCUGUACAUGUACAGUCCUCUAGAAUAUAACUCCAGAAAAAUUCACCAACAUUUGACAAAUUGAACGACACAGGAAAAGAGCAAUGAGUAUUGAAACAGUGUGGAUUCACUUUUUAAGAGACCCAGUCCCACACGAUGUUGAACUCUGACCAGCAUGCUGGGCAUAAGGAGAUCAGUCCCUCAAAAUAUGUCUCUCACCCCAGCCCAGAAUGUCAUGGCCCAAGAUAUUAAUUCUACAUAUUUAAAAAGUAAAAAAAAACUGACAUUUAUCUAAAAUCAAAAACAAUCUACAGCAUCAUUCACUACAAGCUUGCUAUUUUUAUUCUAUUCUUUAACAUGCUUUUUGAGUCUUGAUAUUUGUUUCUUACAAUAACGGAACAUCAGGGUCCAAACUUCAGAUUCAGACUUAAAGGAGUUUUCAGUAAAUGAUACUGUUUGCAGAACAUUUCCUUUCGGUCAGCUCUUUCUGUGGCCUGUACACUGUUGACUUUCUAUUUGCUUAUUCUAGCUUUAUAGAACUCUCAUCAGAGCUUCAAGUGAACAUCAAUACAGACGAUUUAUAUUUCAAGUUUGACAAAAAGAACUUCAAACCUGUCUCAUUUAGCAAAAGCUUUGAUGACUUUGCCUUCAAGGAUAAAGAGGUAAACAUAAUAUAUUUCAUUCUACUAGUUACACAGUGAAAUUUUGUGUUGACAAGUUAACCUGCUUUUAGUUCCUCACUUUGAGACUAACCAUUAAUUUUGCAGUUCAUCAAAAAGUUACAUCCAUCAUUAAAAACAAAUGGCCAGCAGAUUUAAAAAAUAUUGUUAAUUUCGUCUGUUUUCUUUCAGCUUAUGAAGCGAAGCGUACUAACAAGUGACUUUGAAAAGCGGCAUUCUGUACCCCCUAUGCAUGUUUCACAGCAAGCAAUCAGAAAACAAAAGAAGGUAGGAUCAGGAUUAUUCUAUUAAGUUAAUCUAUCUUAAUAUCGUUAAGAUGGCUCAACACAGUUUGAUACAGACUGUAGGUUGUGGAUGGUUGAAUACCACAAGGCCAAUUCAUUGGGGUGUUGUAUUUCAGACUUGUUGUCAGGUAUUUAACUCAAGUUUGGCAUGUUUAAAAUAUAUGUUUAGGGUUGAACUUAAGAUUUCAGUUGUUCCCAUGACAACAUGGAUGUUUGAAAACAGGACUAAAAUUUUAGGUUUACAUUUUUGUUAGGUUAUGCACAGCUUACAUUUGGUAAGCUUCAUUUUUUAAAAAAAACUUAACCAAAUUGUAUCAAACAGUUUUGAAAUUUGUUAGAAAAUAGCUUUCAUGAGAAGCUUGAUUGUGUCAUAAAACUCCUUUUUUCAACUUUUAUUUUAGGGCUGUUAUUGACUGAAGUGUUAUGUGAACAGGAUUUCUGCCAAAAUUUGUCAAAUUGUUAUGACCAGAUUUAUAGAUAUUUUUGUUUCUUUACGUUGUCUUUGAAAGUCAACAAAACAAGCACCCUGACCUUGCUUCCUAUUAAGUAAUGCAAGUGCAACAUUUGUGAUGCGGUUAAUAGAUCAAGCAAUAUGUCAAGGGCAGUAAAUUUCUACUGGCAGCUUAUGGGCGUUUUUCUCAGCUUGUCCUAGCAAUUUUAACAGCUUAUUAGUGGCAUAUAUUUUAUGGUAAAGAUGUUAAAAUGUACUGUAAAGGAAUAAAGCAUUUCUAGAGAAACUAUGUUCAGCCACCUUAACCCUUUAGGUUCCAAGAGUGACCGACAUCAAUUUUCUCCUAACAACAUCAGCAGAUCAACAAGAGUAAAGGUUAUGAGAAUUACUAAAUUGAUUACCAAAGGGAGAAUGCUUUGAUCUUAAACCAAAUUCUCUCAACUGUUUUAAAAGAAAUGUAUUGAGAUCAGUCUGGAGAAUUUGUAUGUGGAUCUUAAGGUGGUGUUGAAGGGCAAGAAUUAUAGUACAAUACUGCUAGUAGUGUUCAUGCACCAGACCUCCAGAUUCUGAUGUCAAGCAAUAGAUCAUGCCAUGCUGAAUACAUUGUUAAACUUUGCCAAUUGAAAUUAACCUUGAUAGUCUCUAUUCUGCUCAAGUAAUUGUAACUUUUUUUAUUUAAACGAUGAUAGCAAGAGAAUUCUGAAUUCACUGAUUGUAGGGCAAAAAAUAUCGAGGGAAAACCCUACAACUGUAUAUUCAGAAUCUGUGUGAUUUUGAAUUUGUUAGAAAGCCAGAGGAGAGACAGCAGGACCAAUGUGGUAUAACUUACCAGCAACUCAGAUGACUCCAGAAAUAGAACAGGAUAUGAAGAUAAUGAAGAUGAGAAAUAUCCUGGACAGAAAACGACAUUAUAAGAAGAAUGACUCC